AUGGCUCGUCCAACCAUUCACAUCACUCCUGAGGCAAAAUUAACCGCUGCUCGUGAAAAACGCCGGCGCUAUUAUGCUAACCACAGAGAACUAAUUCUCAAAAGACGCAGAGAACUUCGUAGCCCCAAGCGUGACAUGAAGGAAUCACAAGAGUUAUUGAAAGCUCUAUCCAAAGUGUUGCAUGGCUCUGCCAGUGAUGAAGACUCCGAGUCUGAAUCUAAUAAUGAGAAUUCUGAGUCCGAGCCUGACACAGACAUCAACCUAUCCGAUCUUACACAAUGUUUGUUCGCUCUCAAGGUUAUCAAGGACGAGAUGUUGAUGGUGACAGAUGAUCCUUGCGCCUUCGUCCAAGGUGUCUUCACCAAGUAUGUUAAGACCCUGGAUGACAGCAUUAAAGGUGAUGUCAGCAUCCUCGAAAAACCAAUGGCGAUAAUUGAAGGCUUGCUCAACCGCAUAAUUCCUAUCCAAGAUCAGAUUCUAUAUUUCUGUGGAAUCACAUCCGACGAGUGGAUAAUGAGUUCAGGCUCCGAUGCCGUAGUAUUGCAAAACCUUAUUUCCGUCAAAAACCCAUGUUACGACAAAAAACAGACCAAUCGCGUUAGAACAGAAUGGGUGACUGCCGAGCAAAAGGAAUAUUUGCAAGGCUUGUAUAAUGAUUUUCUGAAAGCACAGGCUCAAGGGACUGUGUCGGCCUUCUGGCCGGGGGUUUAUCUCACUUGGUUCGAAAAGUGGCCCGAAAUUAAUUCAAUGCUCCCAGACAUGUCAAUGCACGCAGAGGAACAGAAAAAAUUAUUGGGGGAAGCUGUAGACAAGAGACGUCAGCAAAUCAGGACCUGGUUCAAUUAUAGAUCACAACGUUUUGCGACCGAUGUCCGAGAUCAGCUACAAGAGGCUCUCGCGUCAGGUUCUGUUAUUACAAAGGGUGAUAGACUUUCAACCAUGAAAAAACUUACAAGAGAGGCAUACGAGGCAGUGAAUCCUGAGGUGAAAGCACUAUGCUUGGCAAAAGUGCAGGAGGAACGUGAGACAAAGGCCAGCGAACUGCUCAAGGCCAAGUCCAGAGCGCGAGAAAGGACAAAUUCGGAACUAGCUACUACGAGAACUAUUGGCUCACAGUUACCAAAUAGGGCUCUUGAAGAAUGUACCGGCCCCAUCGCACACUUCUUGCAAGCUAUCCAUGAAAUGACUGGCUUCCAUUGGACUAUUCUGGGUGCUGGACCUGACCCUCGAUAUAAUGGUGAAAUCAAUGCGAUGAGUUACCAUACAGGAAUCAAUGAGUACGGGCAAAACUGGAGGCAAGCCACUCCUGAUUUCGACGACAAGUACAUCAAGCCAUAUGUUGCCUUCAUUUCGAGUCUUUUUCAACAUGUCAGGAAGAUGCGCGCAAUUGAUUAUGUCCCCAUUACCCCCUCAUCCACUCUUGGAACUGACACCAACCUAGUGGCUGGGGAGUCGCAGUCUUCUAAUACCGGCCAAAACCUUCCAUCAAACUCGGUGUUGAUGUCUUCACCCUCCCAUCCGCCGCCUAUAGCUCAUGCACCUAUCUCUGCAGUUGAAAACAUGCACCAGCCUCCUGCUGAUACCUGGUAUCCGACUCAGCAUCCAGAUGGGCUAAUUUCCUUCAACAAUGGAUAUGAUUUCGGCACUUUGGGAGACUUCGGAAUGUCAGACUUUGAGAAUCCCUCUACAACCGGCAUCAUGAACACAUCAGUGCCAUCGUCAAACCUGCCUGCUUGUUUAGACUCACCAUCAAUUUCGCCCAUAUCUGCAUGGAAGAGGGACAUGCUUUAUACUUCUCCUCCUCGCUUUCGUCCACGGCUCUUAGCUGAAAACUUUGCAUCUUUAACUUCCCUGUCUGACAUCAUCAGAAGGUCUUCUCCAGCACCGUUCAUCCCUCCACCUAUGUUUUCUUUUCCUCCACUCCCAGUCCCACCACCGGUGCCUGGUUCUUCGGCAUCAGCUCCUGUUUCAUCUCCAACACCAUUUGGGAAUCUCUCCAGUCACACAGUUGCAGGUAACAACACUGUUGAUGCGAGUGCCAAUGGGUCCGGGAUAGAUACCUCAGUGGGCAGGAACGUUACUACCUCCUCCGAACCCAUAGCAAACAGCAUCGGCCAAAAUCCCAAACAUCCAAGACCCGCUGAGUCCCAGAACGAACGUCCUAAGAAAAAACCACUGUCACAGAUGCCAAAAGACUACGCUAGUCUAUCACUUGAGGGACUUAGUAGAAAUUAUGCCCGGUUGAAAGACUUAGUGAAAUUUCCUGCACGAGAUCCGGAUAGAGAUCUAGCAAGGCUCGAAUUAGGAAGAAGCUGGGAAAGAGGCCAGAACGGGUACAAAGGAGUAGAUUUAUGA